AACAACCCUCCUUUUUUUCAAGUGGUCGGAGUUAGGUGAAGAUAACAAAUGUAACGUUGAAGAGCUUGACUGUAUGUACUUCGGUCGUCGUCGUUUCAGAAAUCGGUGUCUUCAUGGUAGGUAAUAAUCUUGGCUGACAGGACAAUCGUGAGGAGAUGAAUGUUAGAUUCUGAGGAUGAGACAGAGCCAUCACUGGCGGAACACUGUCUGCGACAGGUCUUUAAAGCACACUCAUCAGCAAUUUCUCAACGCUUUCACGAACCCAAUGCAGAGCAAACUGCGCGAGUACUUUAAAAUGACUGCAACCCAACGCAAAUAUUGGGAGGAGUAUAGAAUGCCCGAGUGUAUAGUGAUACAGGAUACAGAUUCGGUGUAUCCCAAGGCAUCUCAUUUCAAGCCUUUACUCAUCGAUGACCUUGUUCCAGGUCUUCCUGCAAGUCACCCAAGACUGAUUGAAUACGGAAACAGUGCGGAGGGUGCAUCGGUUGUGAAAUCGGAAAGCGACUACCAUGGCAAGGUCAUCGUAUCGUACGACUCGGCAACAGGCGCCCACGAGGUGUGGAUGGCUGCUGCUAGCAUGACAGAGCCCAUCCUCAAAUCAGCUUAAUUCAGACCUUCAUGUGAUGAUUGAGAGGUUUGCUUUCCCCAAAUGGUUGCAAGAUACCGCACGCUGGGCCCACUUGCAGUGCUUGUUGUACGAGCGUGGCGAGGUCAGAGAUAUAGAUUGCCGCCCAUGGAGACAGCGGGCUUGUAUUACUGGGUAUAGUUAUCUGUAUUUAGUUCAAUUUUCAUACUACUUUCCC